ACUCGAACUGCCAAAGGACACAGAACCGGAUACAAAACCACACCUACAAAUCCAUCGUGAGAGCUUCCCAACAUACCUCACGCUCGCAAGAGCUUCUCUCUCUCUCCCCAUCAUGGCCACCUCCACCCCCCCAAACCCCACGCCCUCAACCACCACCCCUCACACCACCGACUCCCCCGUGGCAAUAGUCUGCGUAGGCAUGGCCGGCUCCGGCAAAACAACCUUCAUGCAACGCAUCAACGCGCACCUCCACUCCAAAAAGCAGGCCCCCUACGUCGUCAACCUCGACCCCGCCGUCCUCAACGUCCCCUUCGACAGCAACAUCGACAUCCGCGACUCGGUAAACUACAAGGAGGUAAUGGCGCAGUACAACCUCGGGCCCAACGGCGGCAUCCUCACCUCGCUCAACCUCUUCAGCACCAAGAUCGACCAGAUCCUCGCGCUGCUGGAGAAGCGCACCGCGCCCGCCACCGCCACCGUCACAACACCUCGCAUCCGCCACAUCCUCGUCGACACGCCGGGUCAGAUAGAAGUGUUUGUGUGGAGCGCAAGCGGGGACAUCCUGCUGAAUGCGCUGGCAAGCAGUUUCCCGACCGUGAUCGCAUACGUAAUUGACACGCCGCGCACGACGGCAACGAGCACCUUCAUGAGCAACAUGCUGUAUGCCGUCUCGAUCCUGUACAAGACGAAGCUGCCCAUGAUCCUCGUGUUCAACAAGACCGACAUCGCGGACGCCGGCUUCGCGGCGACGUGGAUGGGCGACUGGGAGGCCUUUCAGCGGGCGCUGCGCAGCGAGGAAGACGCGGGCACGUUUGGCGGCGCGGAGGGCAACGAUGCGCUCGGCGGUGGGGGAAGCGGGUAUAUGGGCAGUCUGCUGAGUAGUAUGGGGAUGGUGCUUGAGGAGUUCUACAAGCACCUGUCUGUGGUGGGCGUGAGCAGCAUGACGGGCGACGGGAUCGACGGGUUUUUUGCGGCCGUGGAGACGAAGAAGGAGGAGUUUCUGCGCGACUACAAGCCCGAGCUGGAGCGGCGGAUGGCGCAGAAGGGCAGGGAUAAGGAGGAGCGCCGGCAGCGGGAUCUCGAUAGACUGAUGCGGGAUAUGAAUGUGACGGAGGCUGGCAAGGGGAAGAAGACGCGGACUGGCCCGCCUUCCAAGGAGGAGCCGGAGACGGUCAGUGAGGCAGAGGACGAGGAGGAGGACUUGAAUGAGUUUCACGCAGGUCGCGUUGAUGAUGAUGAUGACGACGAUGAGGAAGACGAGGACUUUGGAGGGGCUGGCACGCAGGACGGGUUACAGCAGCGGUACAUGCAGGCCUUGAGAGGCGGUGAUCAGGAUGACCUGAUGGAGGAGGACGUCAGUUUCGAGCGUUUCAUGAGCCAGGUCAAUGCCGGUGGACGGGCGUAAAGCAAGAGAAUCUCAAAUCGUGAUUGAUGUUGGAGUUAUUGGGGGGACAUUGCAUCUCACGGCGUCAAGGUCUGUCAGUGGACGCGCAGCAGGAUAAACAUCCUGCCUCGAAAGUAGUCCAGAUACCACACAUGUAUUUCACUGUGAAACAAACAAUAUAACAUAUCAUGAACCUC